ACCUGGCUGGGUGGCUUGGCCACGCCCCCUUCCACGUCGACCUGUCCUCUCGCCAUAUUUCCAAAGCCGUGGACUUCUCCGGCCGGUUUGCCCCCAAAACUUCAGCAGGACUUUCGUCGCGGGAACACCAUCAGGGUGAAGAGCGCUCGAAGAGGAUCGUCUUGUGUCUCUGCAGAGCUUUGCAAGUCCUCCAUCCGCCAUGAACGUCUUCCGGCUGACAGGAGACCUCUCGCAUCUGGCUGCGAUCAUCAUCCUGCUGCUGAAAAUAUGGAAAAGCAGGUCGUGUUCAGGUAUCUCAGGAAAGAGCCAAAUCCUUUUUGCUCUGGUCUUCACCACUCGCUACUUGGAUCUGCUCAGUUCAUUCAUCUCUCUGUACAACACGUGCAUGAAGGUGAUCUACAUCGGAUGUGCAUACGCUACCGUUUACCUGAUCUACGCCAAGUUCAGGGCCACAUACGACGGCAAUCAUGACAGUUUCAGAGUGGAGUUCCUGAUCGUCCCUGUGGGGGGGCUGUCUGUCCUCAUCAACCAUGACUUUUCCAUCCUGGAGAUCCUGUGGACGUUCUCCAUCUACCUGGAGUCGGUGGCCAUUCUGCCUCAGCUCUUCAUGAUCAGCAAAACCGGCGAGGCUGAGACCAUUACCACCCACUACCUGUUCUGCCUGGGCCUUUACCGGGCGCUUUAUCUCUUCAAUUGGAUCUGGCGUUUCUACUUCGAGGGCUUCUUCGACCUGAUCGCCAUCGUGGCAGGCAUCGUCCAGACCGUCCUCUACUGCGACUUCUUCUACCUUUACGUCACUAAAGUGUUGAAAGGGAAGAAGCUGAGCCUCCCGGCAUAAACUUCUGUAAGGAACCGGCGCCUUCCUGCAGACUCGGGGUGGGGGGGCGGUGGAGAUAACAGCGUGGAAUCUCAAGUCCUCACCGAAGAGACCUCCUGAGCCAGAAGAGCCGACCAAAGAGGGACAAACACUAGAGUUGUUGAUGGAACUGGUCGAUGCCAACCAACACCAGAGAGAAACCAAGAUCAUCCCAGAACCAACGCUGGACGGACGAGUCCCAGCAUCUUGCCUUAAACUUUGUUUCAUCACUGUUUAAAUAGGAGAACAGUUUCUUUUGUUUGUUUUUUUUUUACAUGUGAGGAGUUUUAUCACAGUCAGUUUUACCAGAUGCUAACUUGUCUGACCUGGUGGAGAAAUGCACAAAUGUAUAAAAGAGAAACCGAGUGCCUGAUGAGGAUGACAUCCACUUUUCACAGUAUUUUUUUUCUCUUUUUUUACUCUUCCUUCCUUUUUAUUAAGUUCAUUUUUUGUGUUACUGUGCUGUAUUAAAGUACCACCACCUAGAAACAUCCAGUAGAAGCCAACAUGCAUCCAUAUGGUUUUCUCUGUUGUGAUUUAGCUCGGUUAGCAAGCAAUAAUUUGUCGCCAAAUAUUGACCGUUAUUUUAGUACAGUGAUUAUUUGCCCGGUUUUCCUAGUCUUCUGGGUAAAAAAAAAAUCUGAUAUGUGUUGAAGAUUUUUUCUUUUUGGAUCAGCUACUCAAUUGAAUGUUCAGUUCUGGACAAGGCUUAAGACCUUCCUUUAUUAGUUGUGAUAUUUUGCUGAAGUCUUAAAACAUGAUCCAGACUGUAUAUAGACACACAUCCAGUGACUUCAGGUGAUGAAUGUUGGGUAUUCUUUUUCCUUUUUAAUCUGAAACCUCAUUUUUUUCCCCCCCAAGUCGCCAUUCCUCAAGAUUUACUUCAAAUUUCUGCCAUUAUUUUUGCAUGACAUCACCUGCAUUAAAGAUUUUAUGAGAAUAAUCGACUCGUUUG